AUGUCAUGGCUUGCUUCAGUAAGUACUAUGUGUUCAAAACAAAAGAACGCUGAUACAAAGAAAGAGAGGGAGCUCGAAUACGUGCGUCCUCCAGUAUUCAUUGUGGGAACACAUGCUGAUGAGCCAUAUAAAAGUAAUAUAAAGGACAUUGAAUCACAGAUCCAAAAAGCGAUUUUGGGAAAAAGCUUUGCAAACCACGUGAUUCGUCCUUUCUUUGCAAUUUCUAACAAGUCAAGUUCAGACGAAAAGCAGCUCGUCGCCCUUCAAGACAAAAUAAUCGAGGUGAUAAAGCAGGAGCCAUACAUGGGAGAGGAGUUGCCACUCCGGUAAGUUUUGUCAUAAAAGAUCACUCCAAAUCAGUUUCAUCCUGUGUAACAUCAUAUUUCCACGCUGUGAAAUUUUUCAGUACUUUCUCUUUUGCGAUGAUCUUGAAAGCUACACCCAGUUGCAAAAAUAUGGGGCACUUCGACGAAAACCGGCUUUUUUACAUCAAAUGGCUGCUAGGCUCACAUUUCUGAGAUAUAACACUUAGCCCCUCCUUCAUCUUAGAAUGUACCAGAUUCCAUUGGUGUUACUAAUAAUAUCCCUGAACUAGAUCUUAAAGUCCUCAUGUGUUUAACGAUGUCUAAUUUGCGAUAGCUUGGCCAUGUUGAGCUGUGUAUUGCUUUAUGUGCUGCCUUAAGAUGGAACCAUUGACAUUGUUCCUUGAUUGGUACGCAUUUGAGUUUACUGAUGUCAUCGGUACUUGCAAAUGCAAACUUGCUAAUGCAUUCUGUAUUCUGGACGUUAAGUUUUCCUACCAUUUUCCAAGUCGCUUUACCCGUGCUCUUUCCGCUGUCCACGUUGCUUGUUUUAGUUACAUCCGAUCACCCGAUUUAAAAAACCUUUCUAUACAUAUGCACCUUUUAAUAUUUACCAACGGUAAUGACCUUCAUGAUGUGUGCUAUAGUCUCAUACGUUCAUUCAGACUGAUGCCGUUCAAUUUAACGCUAAACCUAACCCACGGACAGGUUAAAAUAACGAUAUUGAGGCUCAAGAAUAACGUUAGCGGAGAUAUUUCUGACGCUCCCACAUUCCUUCAACCAUUCGGGUGCCUUUUUCGAUCAUAACUUCUUUUAUCCUGCAGGUGGUUCAAUUUUGAGAAGGUCAUUAAAAGCUUGGUUGCAGCGAACAUACAGUAUUUGGGACUAAAGGAUCUACGAACGAUUGUUCAGAAAGUUUGCUUCAUCGAAGAUGAGAAGGAAAUGGACACCAUGCUGGACUUUUAUCAUGACCUUGGCAUCAUUGUGAAACACCGAAACACAGUUAUACUGCAGUCCCAAUGGCUAAUUGAUAUUUUCAGGCAGCUUAUUACCAUCCGUCAUUUCAACGAUAUGGUAAUUUAAAAGUAAAACGAUUGGGAUAAAUCAUCAUUUCCCUGGCAUUUAUUAUUAUGAACAUAAAAAAUAUAUGCAACAUCGCAGAUAUUCGCUAACACAGCUUAUCCAUAGGCGUACGGGCUAAGUAGGGGCCGAGAUUCCACACAAAACGCCUCAUUAUUCGGGAAAUAGCACUUGGGAUAGGGUGAUUUUCGCAUGACGUUGAAAAAUGGUUUCGGUAAGUGUUCGUUGUUUGUUUUAUCAGCUAAAGAAAACCCUGAUAUUGAGAAGGCAUUGUUCGAUUGGCCAAUCGUGUUUCAGUAUGACGUCAAAGCGAAGUAUCGAUUGAUUUCUAGAAAGUUCUCGGGCAUGAAGUUUUUUCAGCCGAGCGUUCGCUUAACCAGCCAAAAGCAAAGUGCGUUUGUACCCGUUCGAUAAACCAAUCAAAUCGCUGGAUUUCCGUUCGUUUGUUGUUUCUGUUUUGUUCGCGCGUUUUCAUUUCAAGGUCAUACGAAAAUCUCUCUAAGACUAAAAAACAAAAAGAAAGUCAAAGCAAAAAGGAAUGAAACCACGACAGUCGUUUCCAAACGUCAGUCUAAAUGCGCACAUGUCAAAUCUAGAAGCGUGGUGUCGAUACCCGUUACUCACUUUUCAUCCCAGCACCUUCUUUAAUUAGUGCCGCAAGGUACUAAUACGCACUAUAUGUAGCCGAGAGAUUUUCACGAAAAAAUGCCGGCAACAACAGAAUUUCGACUCAGACCCCAAAGAGGCGUGGCACUAUAACCACGUGACAUUUACUCCGAUCGCCAAAAAUUUUAUGCAGUAUUGUAGAUUGAUCUAUAUGUUAUCCAUGCUACAUGUUGGACUUACGAUCAAAGUAAAGGUGGGGAUACCAUAGAGCUUCAAAGUAGGAUGGUACCCUCACAAAAUAACGGGGUUGAGUCACCUUAAUUCUUUUCCGUGGCGUCCAUUGUGAGCUGGUAAUCUGAGAUCUCUAGAUACAUUUCCGAAUAAGUGAUAAGUUCAAUACUGAAAACUUAUCUCCGUAGCACGAUGUGACAGAGUAGAUUGUAUUGCCUCUCUAAAUUCCAUACUGAGCACUCCUAUGAGUAUAAUUAAGUCUUUGUGAACAGAAUGGACAACGCCACGGGAGGAGUGAACUUUCAAAGUAAGUUUCUGAUUUUACCAAAUCAAAUAGACUCUUAUUAAUCGUAGAGACUGUGCGAGGUUUCGAAAUAACUUUAAUUAUUACUGUUUCAUUUAGCGUGAGAGUUAUAAACGUUUUUGUUUUUCGCGGCAUACGAUGUAAGUACUGUUGUAUCCCGUUUACAACACCAAAGCGUUGGGGUACUGUGUAAUCUCUUCGGGCAAGGUCGCCGACGCCGCUGCCCCCGAGUAAAAGUCCGAAGGUGCCCCUACGUUACUUAAGGGUACUUAAAAGAACAAUAUUUCAAAAGGCAGAUGAAAAGGAGUUGUUUGAGGAGGCGCGCAAUCGUGUUUGGGAGCGUUUUAAAUCUAAGAACACCAGAUCUGCAAUUUGUUUUUUGUGGUAACAUAUUCGUUCCAUUUUCACAGAAAUCCAAACAUUCCCAACUGUGGAAAACAAUGGAGACAACAGGUGUUCUCUCAAUGGAGCUAGUCGAUCAUGUGUUUUCCAAAUUUUGUCAGCAAAGUUUUGCCAAAGAAAACAUCUUACACUUGAUGGAACAGUUUGGUUUGAUUGCCAAGUGUGCUUUUCCUACAAAUGAUGUCAAAUACUUCGUUCCAGCGCAACUUCGUUCGUUACCUGGACGACUUUGCCAUUUGAAACCAGCCCCGACAGACCCGUGCCCGUUGUAUCUUCAGUUUCCAUCUGGAUUUGUUCCACACGGGCUUUUUACGCAACUUGUAUCUCGUUGUACCACAUGGUGUUCCAAAAUUGAAUUCAAGGAGGCGCCCCACCUCUUUGAUGGGGUAGUCAGGUUUACACUGCUUUCAAAGGAUUUUGCCCACCAGCUAAUCUGUAUUCGCCAGAAAAGCUUCAUUAAGUUUGUUUUACGUCAUUUUCAAACACAGCGGUGUCAAGAAGCUCCACUGACAGAAAUUGAAGAAAUGGCCGCUCUCGUGUGGAGAUUUCUAAAACAGACAAUGACUUCUUUGUUGGAUGAGUGGCCUUACUUGACCAGUUUGGAAUAUAAUUGGUGCGUCGCAUGUACCGACUGUUCAGAGGGGCACGUCAUGUGUGAUAGCCAUGGUAAAGUUGCAUGCAGGCACGAUGAUUGUUCGUGCCUUCUUAAAAUUCUGCAAGACGGGCAAAUGAAUAAUUGCCCAAAGAGCUUCGGCAAUAAAACCACGAAUGUUCCAGGACUGGAAAAAUGGUUUCCCAUCAAAGGUGAGGAAAACCUGUCUGUAACUACUAGAAAUUUGCAUGUUUGUCUGGCUUUCAUUGCACCAAAUUCCUCGGAUAUUGAUGUUUAGGUCGUCUUAGCCAUGAAUAACGGUAGACGCCCAAAUGUGGAUGUGACAAUAUUUCAAUAAUGAUGUUCGCCAUUGGUGCAUCAGUAAACAACACCCUAAUAUAUAUUUAACGAUAAACAAAUCGAAUUUGGAUGUGAUUCUGUAGCACAAGGAACAAAGUGACUCGAUUCUUGAUCAAUUUCUUGCUUAUCAGGUUUACCUAUCGGAAGCUUUUUGUUGUAGCACUGUCUUAAUUCAACAAGGGCAGUUACAACAGAUUAUUCCUUUUACUGAUGGCUCAGUUACCACAGUUUUCCUUCCAAGAGGCCAUUGUGAGAGUCGCACCCUCCCCCUCCUUCAAAGUCCAGAUACAAAGGCGAACGAGUGGUAAAAGGCGUUAAGUUGCAGUUGUAGAGGAAACGCUUGUAAUGUCGCAGUCAAGAGUCGGAAAUUUUCCUACUUUUGUCGGAAGACAAACUUGCUAAAACAAUCCCACCAGAAGUUAUUCUUUUAGGCCAUGUUACCGUACCGCGAAUCCACAAUGCAAAGCCACGGGGAAAAUUAUAAUUAUACCCAAACAUUGUUUUGAUUUUUUGCCUGUUUACACAGCAGGGUGUAAAGCAAAGGGCACAACGUUAUGGCAACGUCUGAGCAUGAACCUAGUUCCGGAACUGAAGUCAACCACCAGGAAGCGUGCCCUGCUUCGCUCCCCUUUUUUGAGUAUUAAUUUCAAUGAGCAUUCUUUUUUUAUGUAGCUGUGCGCCCAGGUAAUCACCCUGGAACAGACUUAGUCUACAAAAUGACUGCUCUUCCAAGAGGGAUUGCACUGAUCAUUAAUAACAAGCUGUUUGUUGACAAUCCUGUAUAUGGCAGACAAACACCACGCCAUGGUGCAGAAGAAGACGUCCGUCAAGUUAAAGAAAUGUUCAGCGCCCUGGGAUUUGAAGUACUCAUUAGAGAGAAUCGUACCAAAAAGGAGAUGUUGGACGAGGUAAAAUUUUUUGCAUACGAAAAGGACCACAGCGACUACGAUUGUUUUGUACUCUGGCUCAUGAGUCAUGGAAGGAGUGGCGAAGUGUUUGGCUCUGAUGGUUUUCCGUUGCCAAUCCAGGCAAUAAAAGACAUGCUUUCCAACGCCAGCUGUGCAACACUAAGGGGAAAACCAAAGCUUCUUUUUGUUCAAGCAUGCAGAGGGGAUAAAGAAGACGAAGGGUUUAACGUCUUGACUAAGGCAUGUGGUCUGCCCUCUGUUCAAAUGUCUUCUCCCUGUCCUGAUAAGCCGAGGAUUGAUCAAAAGAAAAGUCCCUCUUCGGAGAGGACGGCUGGGCAAACAGACUUCCUAACUGCGUACUCAACAGUUGAGGGAUACGUGUCAUACAGGUUUCCUAACCUGGGAAGCAAUUUCGUUCGCGCACUUGUGAACGUUUUCCGAGAACAUGUUGCUCACGAUCACCUCGUCAACCUCCUGACCAAAGUAAUCAAAAGAGUCAGCGACAUGGAAUCAGUAGAAAAUGCCCGCAAAUUUAAGCAAGCGCCUCAAAUUGAAACUACCCUUGCUAAAGAUCUUUGGUUUUAGUCAUGGAAAAAGGGAGUGUGUUUCACUUACGACUACAGUCUCGAACAGUCAACUCUCGCCUUGCGGACAUCCCGUUAUAACGGACAUCCCGAUAAUGCGGACAGCGGCUAAAUCCAUGGCAAAAAUAAAUUACAGAUGUUUGACUGAAAUAAACUCCCACUAUUACAGACUCUCACUGAAGAGGACAAUAAAUCGAGGUCCCCACAGCGUCCGCUAUAAAGGAAGUUGACUGUACUGACCUCUUGAAAUGCUAUUGUUCUUAGACUGCAAUUAAUAUUGCAACGAUUUAUGCCAGAAAAGAUGUAGAUUACAUGAGUGUCUAGAGAAAAUAGGGGCCAUCCUUUUGUUACAACGGAUAGACUUUCCUAAGGCGUCUUGUUUUAAGAUUAGUGCAAUUCUUGAAGUUAUCUAUUGUAAGCUGAUG